AGCUAGAAUGUCACUGAUUGAUGUUUUAGCGUUUCUGUGCAGCGCAGGUGCAAACCUGAUCGUGUAUGAUGGCCCUGGAAACGGGGUGAAUCCAUCCAACAAGUAUGACGUGUAUGCGAGCCAAGGUGGGCACAAACACAAAUUAUUUGUGUACAUGAGCACAGCUGAAAAACGCAACGAAGAAGCCGAAAAGAAAAACAGGACCCAGUCCUGGACGAGUUUUGCGUUCACAGGUGGACCUGUGACGGUUGAAGUCCAUACAAAAGUGAAGGACUUCCACAGGUGCACUGUCAGACCAAGAAGCUACAACUACAAAUGUCAGAGAUCGGGGUAGAAAACUGCAACAUUCCACAUAGAUAAGGCCUUGAAGAUGAUGUCGGUUGAAUUUGACUACGACACUGGUGAUGGCUAUGCUACUGACAUCAGAGACAAGCUGUACAUCUUCGCCGACCCUCCAGAAGGUAAGACGCCCAAUCCUCAUGAUCACGGCGUGUUGUACUACGAACCCGGGGUGCACAAACUUGGAGGCACGAAGACAAUCGACUGUAAAUCUGGAAUCAAAGAGAUUUACCUUGCCCCUGGAUCCUAUCUCCAUGGUGCUCUGGACCUCCGAUGUGACGGCAUCAGACUCCAUGGACGAGGUAUCAUUUCCACUGAAUUGUUUGCUCACAAAUCCGAUGCUGUUGGCUGGGCCAUCAUCCAGGGAGACGCUGGCCACACAACUGUGGAAGGAAUCACGAUGGUGGAUCCAGCCAAGUUUUAUUACAGGCUCCUGCAUGACCAUAAUGUCGUGAGGAAUGCUAAGAUGGUGGCCGCCUGGACAGGCAACACUGACGGAGUUGCCCAGGGUGACUACGGCUUGCUGGAAGACACCUUCAUCAUCGCUGAUGACGCCUCUGUUAAAUUCCAUGGGGACCAUCUCAAAAUCCAACGUUUGGUAAUCUGGCAAAUGCAAAAUGGCGGCGUCAUUUUAACCGGAUAUGAUACUGAGAGAGUGGGCGACGUCUCGGUUGAAGACUGUGACGUCAUACAUACUGAUUGGUGUGACUUCAAGGGUAGGUGUAUACAUGUCAGCGGGAACGACGCCGUCAUUGACAACAGCGGCACGAAACACUUCCACAUCACCAACUUACACUUCAAGGACAUCCGGGUCGAGGGACUGGUACAGAGAAUCGUCCGAUACGCCUUCCUUGAUGACGCAGAUGGCACUGUCUCUCAUGUCACCGUGGAGAAUCUGAGUGUUGAUGAACAGCCUCUACACGACCAGAUGCAUAAUGAAUUGUCGGGCUCCAAAAAUGGACGUAUCGUCGACUGGAAGUUCAUUGAUUUGACCAUUAGAGGCCACUGCGUCAACAACUACAAGACACCGGCGGCAGACUUCGUCAUUGACGAGCAGACAGCUGAUGUGACGUUUGAGUGUCGUGGCCAUCAUCCACCCUUGGUAGGGUAGUUGUAUGGGGGACGU